AUGCCCCAGCCGCGCUUGAACGGCCCCAAGGCGUCGUCGCCGCCCCUUUCGCCGUCUUCGUCGUCCAUUUCCCCGUCUUCGCCGUCCAUUUCGCCGUCUUCGUCGUACGUCUAUCCCGUCCGCUCGCUUCUCAGCGGAAUCCGUCCUGCUCGAGCAGCCGCAGACACGCCAGAUGUCUCCACGCCCGCGGCGUCUUUAGAGGAACACGGCAACGCCCCCAUCGGAUCCAUUCCCGGAGAGGCGCCCCCCUCCAGUCGUUCUCUUACCGGCAGCGCCCUCCUUUCAUCCACACCGUCCUUUAGCACCAAAGUCUCUGAGCCGCGGAAAGUCAGUACGCCAAACUUUCGCGACUUCUCUCCGGACGACGACCCGCUUUCCCGCCGUUCGUUUGUCUCUGCACACGCCGCUCUCCAUCAGGCAAUGAUGGACACCGCGUUCAAUGACGAUGCUACGUCCAACGCAGAGGCGGAUGCGCGCCAUCCGCAACAGAUCUCUGACUUCGCCUCCGAAGCGUUCCCUGAGGUCGCGUCCGAAGACAUCCUGCCUGCACCAGACGAUAGCGUCUCCAACUUCGACGCGGCAUUACACGGUCGCUUCUCAACCUCGGGCAUCGUUCACUUGGCGCCUGUCCACUCAGGGUCUAAUCCAUCUGCGCCCUCGACCAUCUCCGCACAGUCCUCGCGCGGGCGCACGAGCCGCGACUCCGUGGACGGCUCGGAUUGCUCGGCGAUAUACACGCCGCUGGGCGAGGAGGAGCUCGUGGAGGUGCCCUCCGUCCAGGAGCCGGACGCAACUUCCUCAGGGUUGAAGGCCGAAGACGCGAGCUUGUCGAGCAGUAACGGUGACAGUGGAGAGGGGCCACAUAUUGCGUUCAAGUACGCGCACAUGGAGGAUGAGCACGGACACCAUCUCAUUGUCGGGAGGGAGGGAAAGCUAGCUAAGUGUGAGGACGAGCCGAUCCGUACACCUGGUGCUGUCCAAGGCUAUGGCAUUCUCAUCGCGGUGGAGGAGGAUGAGGAGACAGGCGAUCUUGUCGUGCGCCAGGUGUCAGAAAACUCGACAGAGCUGCUCGGGCUUUCACCGCAGCACCUCUUCUCCCUCGAGUGCUUCUCGCAGACCCUACCCGACCAACAGGCGGACGUGCUUUUCGACAACAUCCAGUAUUUGAACGACACCGCGCUCACACCCGAGGAGCAAGCCGAGAACCUACACGUCUUCAUGUUGAGCGGCUGGGGCGAACCGGGCACCGUAGUCACGGAAGCCUUCUCGAAAGACCCCCAAAGGCGGCGCAGCUGGACCUGUUGGGUUGCAGCGCACCGGCCACAGAUGACGGCCCCGGCGAACGUGGAGACGAAGUCGGAUGGUACGUCCUCGAAGACGGAUAGCAACAUCAUCAUCCUGGAGUUCGAGCUCGAGCGCGACACGUUCAACCCGCUGUACCCGCCCCUCCCUACCGACGACACGUCGUCGAUGUACUCGGGCGUGUCCUCGCCCUCGGAGGGCACCGCAGCCAGCUCGAACUCCCCGAGCAACUCUGCAACAGAUAGCUCCGGCCGGACCUUGGUAUCCUCCGGCAGCUCGCAGGAUCAGCUGGCGAGCACACUGGAGGAGUCGCCUGGCCUGGCGUCAACGCCAAGCCUCGUGAGCAGCGGGAGCGACCUAGUUCCUCGUCAGACGGACAGCUCGCCUGCGCGCUCGGGGACGGGUGGAACAUCCGCCUUCGAUACCAACGCUGAGGAUGACUGGAUGCCCAGCCCGGAAGAUAUCCUGGAGAGCACGACGAGCCGAUCGAAGCCUCUGCUAGCGCUUGAGCGCCUUCGGCGUACACGACGCGUCGUGGGUGACUCUUCUGCGUCCGGCAGCACCAGUACGUUUGGGUCAUCGAGCUCUGGCUCUCCCAACGGGAACGCGGCACGGGAGUCACUGCGGCGGGGCCCGUCCCGCCGCCGCAGAGGCACGGGGGCUGUGGGCAUGAUGGACGUGUUUGCGGUCAUGGCGCAGAUCAACGAGCAGCUCGGAGCAGCGCCAGAUCUGGAUACGUUCAUGAAGGUUGUGGUGGGUGUCAUCAAGGACCUGACGCAGUUCCACCGGGUGCUGGUGUACCAGUUCGAUGAGCUGUGGAACGGGCAGGUCGUUGCCGAGCUUGUGGACUGGAAGCAGACGCACGACCUGUUCAGAGGGCUGCACUUUCCGGCUACGGACAUCCCCGCGCAGGCGAGGCAUCUGUAUGCGCUCAAUAAAGUAUGGCUGUUGUAUGACCGUGUUGCCCCGACGGCGCGCCGUCUCUUCGGGUGGUGGAUGUUCGCGAACGCGAUGCAAUGUGCGGGCACGCUCGCGAACAGCAACGCCGCGGACAGCAAGAUGCCGCGGGAGUCUUCGGCAGUAGCGGAAGUGUCGGAUGACGAGGAUCGACGGGGCGAGGUUCAGCGAUGA